ACAUUUUCAUAUCAAUCACCAUCACGCAUGUCAGAUACUACAUCAUAAACAAUAGUUAUCCUUUCAACUCUCGGUAUUCUUUUAUUCGCCUGAUAUUUUAUGGACUAUACUGAAAUAGCAAUUCUGAAUUUCUCAGUCAUACGCAAAAACAUAAUGGCUAUGGGGAUAAUAGAAAAAGCGCGAAAGCCUUGAUAAUUAAUGACAAAUCAGAUAGGACGAAAAUGCAACGAUGUGACUCGCGACAAGCAUCGACUCCAUAUUACAAUAGCACGUUUUCUCGUGGAUUACGUCUCCAGUUAAAGCUCGAACUUCGAUGUAGAACAAUGUUUUCAUUUUUAGCUUUUCUAUCCAUUUUGAAAAUCGCGCAAGCCGUCGAAGGCGUUAUUUGGAGCAAAAGUGCUCGGAACUUCGUGCCAUUAUUCAGUAUUUCCAGGUUUGCUGUUCUGAACGACGAGAGGAUCCAAAGGAGUAAGGACUUGGAAUGGCACGAUUUUCAGCACGAGAUCCUAAAAGUCGCUUAUUAUCAGGAAAGGAAUCUUGUUAGCUUCAUAGAAAACGAUACCAGAAUUUCUGGUGUCGUGGGAGAGGUUUGGGAGAUUCUGGCCAACUAUUUAAACUUUACAUUAGUUCCUGUAAGGUUACAAGAGCGGAAUUUCGGUAACGAGUUGGAAAACGGAAGUUACGAUGGGAUCCUGGGACUCAUACAGUCGAAUCAGUCGCAGAUAAUCCCGAGAUCAGGAAUAUUCAGAAACAGACUAUCUUUGGUAGAUUACACUGUGCCACUUUGGAACAUUCGUUACCACUUGUACAUAAAACCAGAAUGGAGUCACGACGAUGCCUGGAUGUUUCACCUGUUUUCUUUGAAAGUCUGGUAUACGUUCAUUUUAUUUCUGGUCGUUCUAAGCAUAGCCGGUUACAUCUGCGAGAAGAAUUCAUUCAUGAAAACGAACGAGAAAAUUAUUUACAAUUUACAAGAUCACAUAUUCUACACUGCAGCCAUUGCUUGUAAUCAAGGAUGUGUGCCUGCUGAACUCCACAACAGAUCCAGGCUCAUCUAUAUCUGCACAAGCAUGUUCUCUUGGGUAAUCCUUAUCGCCUUCAGUUCCAAUGCUAUUUUUCUCAUGAUGAACAAAAAGUUCAUCUUACCUUUCACUGGCCUGAGAAGUUUGAUCCAGGACAGCAAGUAUGAGGUCGUCGCGUUCAGCGGAUCUAUGGUUCACAAGGAUUUUAAGGAAACGGUGUCGAAAUACUACAAAUACUCUCGAGACAUUAAGCGCGUGUCUUAUGCCCCGGCUGCAGGAGAGAUAUUUAGAAAAGUAUGUUUCACCGAAGACAAAAAGCUUGCAGCUUUCGAAGCUGAGGAUCGACACAAAGCUAUCGGCAAGAAUAUUUGCCGACUGAUAUCGACAAAGGCAUCUUACUUCGAGACGUGGAUCGCGUCGGCGAUUAAAAGAGGCUUUCGCUACAAGCGUAGUUUCGACAUAGGGAUUUUGAAACUAUCGGAAUUCGGAAUAAUAGACGGCCUGAGAGAUCGAUGGCUUGACUGGAAAUUCGAUGACCACGAGGAAAUUCCCUUUCAGUCCAUCGACAUGAGCCAAGUACACCUGAUAUUCAGUAUACUAGUACUGGGACUGAUCAUGUCCCUGUUAAUUUUACUGCUCGAGUACUUGACUUAUUUCAGAGGCAGGUUGUUCGUCAAGAAAAAAUCAAAACCGAAUAUACCAAAAGUGACCGUGAAGCCCAAGCUACCCGAAAUCGAUAGAAAUCGUGUCUUCCAUGUAUACAGAUAGUAUACAAGUUGUAACUAAUGCAAUAAAAAAUGUUUCUGUCUGUUGAA